AUGGUUUCCAUUGAGAUUUCUUAUUACAUAGUGACGGAAAGACCUAAGGUGACUCACAUAAACUCCAAGUACCUGUCAUAUGUCAAUUUUACGUCUGUGAGGAAAAACCGCCGAAGCCCAAUGUAUUACGUCGACAUACAUUACCAACAGCUGGUGUCUAUCGACGAUAAUUUUGAAGUAGACUUCUAUUUCUUUCAAUUCCUGAGCAACGAGUACCGUCGUAGCUUCGUAGAGAUGCACUUUAGGUGGUGCAGCCUCAUCCACAAGGAUCCGUUUUUUGGCGCCGCUAUGAAGCAAGGCAAGCUCGCAAGACCCUGUCCUUAUCCACCGGAUGAUUACCACAUGUACAACAUGUCCAUCCCAUCCGCUGCCAUCCCUCCCGGGUUCCCCUUCCAAAAGGGCCGUAUAUACGCCAACAUGACGCUUCAUGGAAUAGAUGUCGUCGGCGGACACAUCGAUAUGGAGCUAAAGGAAAAACGAACUAGGGACCAAUUUUAA